AUGAAGAGGAAACAUGAGGAAGCUUUGAGGGCAGAGGUUGAUAUAAACAAGGACACUGUCAUUGAAGAGCUAACAAAAGAGCUUGGAACUCUUAAAAAUCCCCACUUCCAAGGUCCUAUGGAUCAGUUUGCGAACCCCAUUAAUCCUGAAGUGUCAACAGCUGCAAAGACACGACAGCAGAAUCUCCAUGAUGCUAUUUCAAAGGAGAAGACACAUGCUGUCCACCAGUAUUGUGCUCGAUGGAAUCAGUCAAAUAUCCCAUUUAAUGCCAUUGACAAUGAGGCGUUUAGGCAAAUCUGUGAAGCUUUAGGACAAUUUGGACCUGGAUGGCAAAGGACAAAAGAAAAGUUAAAGGCUCUGGAAGAGGAAUGGGACAGAGAAGGUUGCUCGGUUAUGACGGAUGCGUGGACUGAUAGAAAGAAACAAAGCGUCAUGAAUCUGUGUGUUAAUUCAAGAGAGGGUACAUGCUUCCUUUCUUCAAAGGACGCUUCUAAAGAUGCUCACACUGGUGAAUAUAUCUUUAGCUACAUUGACAAAUGCAUUGAAGAUUUAGGGGCUGAGAAGGUUAUGCAAGUUGUCACAGAUAAUGCCACCAACAAUGUAGCAGCUGCUAGGCUUCUUAAGGAGAAGAGACCAAGAAUAUUUUGGACUGGAUGUGCUGCUCAUACUGUUGAUUUGAUGCUUGAGGGAAUUUCCAAGCUGGCUGGUUUUGCUAAAGUUAUAGAGCAAGCAAAAAAAUUCACUAUAUUUGUGUAUGCUCAUCAUACAACUUUAAACAUGAUGAGAGCAUAUACGAAAAGAGAUAUUGUGAAGCCAGGAGCUACAAGGUUCGUGACAUGCUUCUUGACACUUAAUAGUCUAUUCGAAAAGAAGGCACAGCUGAAGAACAUGUUUAAUAGUGAUGAAUGGCAUGACUGCAAACAUUCAAAGACUGCAAAGGGGAAGCUAGCAUCUGAAACUGUGAUGAGUUGUUCAUUUUGGAACAAUGUUACGACUGUUUUGAAAGUAUUUAGUCCAAUAGUGAAGGUUCUGAGGCUUGCUGAUGGAGAAAAGAUUCCUUCUCUUGGUUUUAUUUAUGGUGACUCUCAGUGGCUAAGAAUUCUAUCAAAGAAGCUACUGACAUUUGGAGAAGAACUACCAGCCUAUCUUUAA